ACAAUUACACGAACUCAGCGAGAAGACUGAAGACCCAGAUAUUUUUUUUUUCUUUUCCAAAUAAUUUGAUUUCUAAACUGAAUGAAUGAACAAAACUUAAAAGCUGAAGUGAAGAAGCGUUUUAGCCUUGGACAGCAAUGGCAACACCAAACUAUAUGCCAUUGAGAGUAACUUCAACGACCGCAGCAUUUUCUCAAGAACAGCAAGCACCAAACCCAAGACGGACCAAAAUCAUCUUGCCCAAGAAGAAGCCCCUUAAAUGGUCAACAGGCGUGGCUCCAGGGGAGUAUGGGGGCCCGCCUGCAACCGCCAAGCUUCGCAAGUACUGGGGUGGUGAAGAAGACGACCCUUUAACGUCUGAUGACUUCAUUUGGAACAAGGACUUCGUUGGUAGAAUGAAGAAGCUCAUUCAGGACCCUGCUGUUGCCGAUGACUCUUCUCUUCAACCCUCCGCUGUUAAGGAAGAGCCUUCUGGAUUUUUAAGCUUAAAUCGAGUUAUGAGCCUUGACAGUCUGGAUGUCGAUCUGAGCAAGGAACUUACAGCACCUUCAAAGCCUGUGUUUGAACAGACAGUUGAAUCUACAACUCAAAGCAGUGGUAGCAUGCCUUGCAAAUGGAAAUUGGUACCAACACGGCGUGAGCAAGAAAAGUGGGAGAAAGCAACCAAGGCUGCAACUGGUGGCAGUGAUGUGAUAUUGCGGGAGGUACGGCGGCCUCAAGGAGACCCUGAAGUGUUGGCUGCUCAAUCAAGGGAGCAGUACUUUAAGUUGAAAAGGAAGUUGCAAGUUCUCACCUUGAUUAUAGGUGGCGUUGGUUUAGUCUCAGCUUAUGUUUCUUACACUCCUGAAAUUGCUGCUAGCUUUGGUGCUGGGUUGCUUGGUUCUUUGGUGUAUAUGCGUAUGCUGGGAAGUAGUGUGGAUUCCCUUACAGAAGGAGCAAAGGGGCUUAUGAAGGGCGCAGUUACACAACCAAGGCUACUAGUUCCUAUUGUAUUGGUCAUGAUCUAUAACCGUUGGAAUGGGAUCCUUGUUCCAGAAUAUGGUUAUAUGCACUUGGAAUUGAUCCCGAUGUUGGUGGGAUUUUUCACAUACAAGAUUGCCACUUUCUUUCAAGCUAUAGAGGAUGCAGUUACUGUAGUUGAGGAAAAAACAGAGGUUUAAUAUUAAAAACCCUGUCAUGCAGAAGGGCAUCAUAAACAAUAAACUUGCUGCAAUUCCCACAGAAAUGGUUUCAGCUGCUGAUUGGGCUGCUUGGAAGCGAGGGAUAACAUGAAAACAUUGGGAAGAACAAGAAACUCUUACCAUUCUUAAUCAUUACAGGAUAUUAAGUGGGUUGUCGGAUUUCUUUUGGUGCAUCGAUCUCCCUUGUUGAAGAGCAAAAUGCUUUGUAGAAGAUGACAGUAAUUAUUCUUGUACAAUUUUUAUGUAAAAUGCUAUGUUGAGAUAAAUUUUUGUUUCUAGAUUUCAAUCUAUUUUAUCUUUUGGUACAUAGGAA